AUGCUCCACGCGCAGCCAGGAGCCCAGGAGGCAGAGGCUCAGCAGCCGGAGAUCGAGCCGAACGAACACGAGAAAUUGAAGCAAAAACGGAUGGAAGACGUUGGGCUGGAGGCAGCUCCGCGCAAGCCAGCCAGGAUCAGACAGCUACCCCGGAAGCUUCACGACUUCCAAAUGAACGACCUCUCCGAGGAUGAGAAAACUACCGGAAAACCGAGGCCUCGGCGACCCAGAUCAAAACUCGUCGCCGGAGUGGCCGAGAUGGUUCCUGAAGCCGUAGAAAUCGGCGAACAGGCAGAGAAGGGCCAAGAAAUGGUAGAGCAACAGCCGGAGGACAAGGACCCGCAAAACCCUGAUGACCAUGCCGAAGUUCCCGUUGCUGAACACGACGCAGACAUUGAGGGCCAGCGCAAACCGCCAAAGAGGAGGAAGUACCCGCUGGAGCAGCGCAAAUUCAGACGGGCCAAGCCGGGGCCGAAGCCCAAGCCCAGGCCUCAAGUCGUUGUGGAGAUCCAGAAAUUUCAGAGAGCCGGAAAUGAACAAGUCUCCAUGGCGCCAGGUCAACCUGAAGAUGUUCAACAGCUCCAAGAAGGGAAGAGAUCGCACGCUGAAGAAGUGCCACUAGCGACUCGCGCUGAAAGCAAUGAACAGUUGCGGGGAGUUUUGGAGGCACCAACGCCUGGGGCUUUUCCUCAAAAGAAGGUAAUCCGGAAGAGGACACUGAAGCCGGCAAAUUACCCGAGGAAGAAGAAGCUCAAGCUCAGCGAGGUCGAGCCUCAGAUUCAGCAUGAAGCCGAUGAGACGGUGGCCGCUGAGCAAGCCCAACAAGUUCAAAUUCAAGGAGAUGGCCAGGGACUGACAACGAGGUCUGGAAAGAUCUGCAAAGUCCUUUCUCCGCUGUGCCGGAAGUAUGGACCUAGAAAGGGGCGGCGAAACCCGAAGCCAGGAUUUCAAGCCAAGCCGCUGCGUGCCAUAUUGCCUCGCAAAGCCAAGGAAGAAGUUGGGCUUGCUACUCCGACCACUUCUGAAAUGACCUCGACAAGGAUCAAACUCGGGAGAGGAAAAUAUCAACGCAAGAAGAAGCUGCUGACGGAGAUUGCGGGGAUCGAUAAAUUUCAGCCUGCCGGAGAAGCUGAACAAGUCCAAGCUGAAGGCGAAACCGUAGACCAACAUAUGCACAAACAACCCCCGUCCUCUGGCGAUAGAGGCGACAUCGAAGAGAUGGUCCGGGCGCACGUCGCCAAGCUGGUCGAUGCGGCGGGGGCGAGACCCAACGAUCCCAGCCAAAUCGAUAUGGAUGCAUUACUCGAUGAAUGCGUUCGUCAUUGCCGAGCACGAUUGCAGAAGAUGAUGCGCGAAGAUCAGCCUCGUGAUCUCGUCGAGGUUCCGGAAACCGCAGCAGCUCAUCCAGCUACGGACGAUGUUGAGCUAGCAGACGAGGAAGCUGAUCCUAACAUUGAUCAACACCCGGUUGUCGAUGCCACGGAGGAACUUGAGGAACCCGAACUGGCAAAGCUAUCCCAAAGCCAAGCUUCUCAACCGGAGCCGGAAAAUGAAGAACAGUCUGACGCCGAUGAGCUUGCAGUUGUAAAAGCCUGCUUGGACGUCAUAAAUCAAAUUUGUGGCGUGAAUACGGACGGUGCCGACGGGACCAAGAUGGAUUUUGAUGGCCUUGUUCUGGUUGAGGUUCCGCGAUGCCAGGCCGGUCAAGAAGGACAGCCGAUGGCUACGGACCCGAACAUGAAUGCCGAAGAAAACGAGAAUGAAAGCCACAACUUCGCCGAGGUUGCGAAAAUCGACGAAGUCCUCGAAGCGGACAAAGCAAGCUGCGAUGUGAAUGGAAAUGAUGGCAUCGUUGAACAAGAAGAAACCGCACAUGUGCCCGUUUUGAAUGCUGAAGAUGCUGAUCCUCCUGUGCAGCAUCUGUCGGCAUUUCCACUUGGCUACGACCACGAUUAUUGUCGACGGCAGGACGAACCAGUGGCAGCCCCCGAGAGCCAGGAAACCCAGCUGCUAUCGAAAAAUGCAGAACAGCUUGACGGCGAUGAUCAACCAGCUGAUGAUGACUGCGUUGAUAUGAGGGAUCUCGUUGAAGUCGUGACGGCUGCCACUGUCGACGACGAGAAAACUGCUGCUCGAAAUGAACAUGCUCGGCUCGAGGAGCCCCUUUCCAAGGCGGGCCAAGAAGUACAGGAGCCCUCCAUGGACCUCAACAUGAAUACUGAAGAAAAUGAGACUGAAAGAAACGAUGUCAACGCGUUCGCAAAAAUUGACGAAGCUUUCGAAGCAGACAAAGCGAGCUGCGAUAUGAAUGGAAAUGGCACCUUUGAGCAAGUAGAAAUCGAUAAUGCGCCCGUUUCGAAUUCACCUCUCUCCGACUUUUGUGAAGUUGCCGAUGUUGCUGGCCCUCACGUGCGUAUUCUGUCGGAAGAGCCUGAAUUCGAGAUGGUCGACGAGGUACAGGCCGACGAGGAGGUCCAGACGGACGAUUCAACCCAUUCGAUGAACACGGAAAUACCGAUCGUUGCCGCCAUCGAGAACGAGGAUCGACAAGUACUGCUCCAGCAGCUGCAACAACAACCACAGCGACAAGUUCACCCUCUGCCCCCAUUUUGGGACGCACCAUGGCUUUACCUGAACCCCGAGCAGCUGCUAGCCCUGAAUGUAGCGCUGCUGAACAACAUGCCUGCCGAUCAGCGGGACACACUCCUCAACUGGUAUGGAGCGGCAGGGUACCUG